GAUUUCUAAUAUAACAUAAAAUCAAAACGUAUCGGUUGAACCUCAAAAAAAAAAACCGUUACAAAAUGGCGCCCGAACAUAAAGUUUAGACAUAAAGAAAGUAAACAUAGGAUUAAAUUUGAAACUUCGUCGUUGAAUGUUUGUAUGAUUGACCUUAGGUAGUAAUUGUAAGAAACAUAUAUUACGCGAUAAAUAGAAAUAUAAGAAUUUCAAAAGUACAUGGCACCAACGAUUAAAAGAACACCUGUUAAAACUAGGUCAAGGAUCACAAAUAAACCAAGGAGGUCAGAACCUGACAUAUCAAAAGCAGGCAAUAGUCAAAUACGAAAUAAUACAGGCGAGAUGGAGGGAGAACUGGAGCGUUUGAAGGAGGAAAUGGCGAGUUUCGCGGGUUUACGAAAUACGAUUGAACAGCUACAGGCACAACAAGCAACUAACGCACAGCUGGCAAACGAAGUCGCAUUGUUGAAGCUCCAGAACGAACAACAAAGACAGGCUCUUCAACAGAUACAGAAUCCAGUUCAACAACCAGUUACCAAUAACGAUCAAAUAUCGGUUAAAAUGUGUGAAGGAAGAGUGUAAAUUGUCGAUAGUCGAAAGUAAAUUAUCAGGUAGAGCAAAAAUAUGGUGGGAAGCGAGUAAAGAAACUAUCAACACGUAUAAUGAUUUUAAAGAAGCCUUUAAAAAUAAAUUUUAUUCCAUUCCAAUCCAAGUUAAAGUCAAAACAAAGUGGAGUUCAAGAAGGUAUAAUCAACAGGAUGGUUCACUUCAAACAUAUUUUUUUAAACAGCUUAAGGAAGCAAAAUACCUAUUACCGAAACUAGACCAGUUCGAAAUAAACUAUACCAUUAUCCAACAAUUACCAUAUAAAAUUCGUGAUACUCUAGCAACUGUGAAUAUGGCGGAUACAAAAAUAAUAGAACAAGCUUUAUCGCAAUUAGAUGUAAAUUAUGAAGAAAGAAACAAUAAUAAACACAAAUAUCAAAAUCAAAGUAACAACAAUCAAGUGAAUAAUGUAAACAACAUGCAAAUUCAACAUAAACAACAGCAACAGAUAAAUAAUACAAGUAGGCAACAAAAUUAUCCAAAUGCUGCAAACAACUUUUAUCAAAAUCCUCAAUUUGGUACAAACUUAUCACCAUGGCAAUAUCAACCGCAAGUUCAAGCAUCAACAAGCAACCAAAUGAAUUUACCAAACGUCAAUUAUCCACCACCUUAUUUCUCAGGAACCAAUAAUCAGAUACAGUCAUUACAAACUCAAAUGCAAACUAACACCAAUAAUUUACAAACCAGUCCAAAUAGAAAUUUAAACUAAUAAACAGCUCGAUGUGUAUAAGUCCGACAUCGAGUUGGGAUUAUGCAAAUUUAGUUGAGGACUUAAUGCACGAAAUUGGUAAUGCUGAAGAAAAAAUUGAAAGAGUAAAACAAAACUUAUC